CGCUUUCUCUGUCUAAAAUUGAGCUCUCCUUUCUUCAUUCGCUCAGAAUUGUCUUUGCAUAGCAGAACAAAUUAGCACCAUGGGAAAUUGCUGUAGAAGUGCAUCAUCAUCGGUAUGGGCCGGUGAUGACUGGGGGUCGAUGAUACAUGAUAAGCAUCAAGUCACAAGGUUUGAUGAAGCUGAUGAUCACGAGGAACAUGGCGCUAGCAUUGGAAGAAGGAGGCCGCUUGACACGAGUUGUUCGUCUUCAGGCUCUACCAGAGAGGUGAAGAUCAAGAUUACAAAGAGGGAACUAGAAGAGAUAAUAAUGGCAAGGGUUAACAUGCAGGGGUUAUCCAUGGAAGAAGUCCUGCUGGCUAGGUCGAUAGAGUACUCUAGUAGUGAUCAUGAAUUUGAAAUGGAGCAUCCUCAUGGCGACUGGAAGCCUUCCCUCCAAAGUAUUCCUGAGCUGAAUUAGAUUAGCUACUUUGUUGAUGUUGUAAAUGUAGUCGCCAGAACCCAAGUUCAUUUACCUAGCUAGCUCUAGGUUUGUGUUAGGGUAGCUCCAAAAUUAACCCUAGAGAUAAAUAAAUCUUGUAUAUAGGGGAAGGUUGAAGAUUUUGUUAUGUUUCAUGAAUGUACAGAAAUUCUUUAUUAUUCAAUUAAUAUUUUUUCUA